AAAGAAGUCAUUUAGAGUUAAAAGAGACGAGAGAGAAAAAGAGCUAGAGAGAAUGAAAUGCAUAGCAAGUCUUCUCUUGGCCCUCAUCCACCUUGCAAAUUUGCUCAACUCCGCCACAACUCAAAAUGCACCUGUAGUCCCAGCAGUCAUCGUCUUCGGAGACUCUAUUGUUGAUCCUGGCAACAACAAUAAUCUCAAAACCCCAGCCAAAGCCAAUUAUCCUCCCUACGGACAAGACUUUCCGGGCCAUUUUCCUAGUGGCCGUUUUUCCAAUGGAAAAAUCCCCGGAGAUUUUCUUGUUUCAGGACUUGGAAUCAAAGAGUAUUUGCCACCUUUUGUUGGAGUUGAACUUGAGCCAAAUGACAUCAUUACUGGUGUUAGCUUAGCAUCUUCUGGCUCCGGAUAUGACACACUCACUGAUUCUAUUUCGGGCGUGUUUUCAGUGGAAGAACAGUUGAAAUUUUUUGAUGAGUACAAAGAGAAGUUGAGGGGAGUAGCCGGUGAUGAGAAAGCAGACAGCAUCAUCUCCGAAGCUCUCUACAUUGUGUGUACUGGGACAGUUGAUUUUGCUCUUACUUAUUUUUCCACACCUUUCAGGUCAAAACACUAUGAUAUUCCUUCAUAUGUUGAACUUUUGGUGUCAUCUGCCUCAACCUUUCUUAAGGAAUUGAGCCUAAAAGGUGCACGAAAGAUUGGAUUUGUGGGACUACCUCCGAUAGGUUGUGUACCAUCACAGAGAACAGCAGCAGGAGGAUUAUCCAGAGAAUGUGUACCAGUUCGGAAUGAAGCAGCAUCUCUUUUCAAUUCAAGAAUUUCAGAAGAAAUUGAUAGCCUUCAAAUGGGAAUGCUUAUUAAUGGCACAAGGAUAAUAUUUAUUGAUAUCUACCCUCUUCUUCUUGAUAUUAUUCAACGGCCUCAUGUUUAUGGAUUUGAAGAGGCCACAAAAGGUUGUUGUGGCACAGGGACGAUCGAAGUAUCAUUCUUGUGCAAUAGCUUGACUAAAACCACAUGUGAUGAUCCUUCUAAAUUUGUUUUCUGGGAUACUUUUCACCCUACGGAAAGAGCCUACAAGAUUUUGACGGAUGAAAUUUUCGAAAAUUAUCUUCCGUACUUGCAGUAAAAAACUAUUUUAGUAAUUAAUGUUUGCAUCAGAUGUACUCGUUUUUAUUAAAUAAUUAUUCACAUAAAAUUAUGAUGUUUGCUUCACCCAGCAAUUGGCAAUGUAAAUUUCAAGGAAUUAUGUAAGGUAUGUUUCCAGUAAAGGAUUGUCAAUUAUGCAGCUUUGUUGA